CACAGCGUGUCCCUUAGCGAGUUCCGUCAGCUCAUGACGGACCGCGGCGUGCGCGGCGACGAGGCUCAGGACGAGACGUUGGCGACGCUCCAAAAGGCGGGAGUCAUCAUCAAGCUCGACGACGUCGUCUACACCAACCCGGGCCAGCUGACCAGAGACGUGCUCGCGGUGCUUCCCAGGGUGCCCUCCUACGUCUACGGCGUCAGCGACGCCGAGCUGGUGUCCCUGGAGGCUGACCUCGCGGCACAGGAGGCGGAGGUGACCGCGGCGGCGGAGCGGGCUCGGUGGCGAAGCAACGUCGUCGUGGGCAGCGGCCUGGCUCUGAUGUGCACGCAGCUCGUGGUGUUCAUGCGGCUGACGUACGUGGAACUCUCGUGGGACGUCAUGGAGCCCAUCUCCUAUUUCGUUGGCGUGUUCAACGCCAUCCUGGUGUACAUCUACUUCAUGGUGUACAAGCGAGAUUUCUCCUUCAACGACUGGACCAGCAGGAUGCAGACGAGCUACACCAAGUCGGCCGUCUCGAAGAAGGGGAUCGACUGGGAGAGGUACAAGAAGAUCGCCAGGAAGCUAAGGAAGGCUUGAACGCGAGGCUCGAUGAGGAGGUGCUCGAUGAGGUGAUGGGGGAGAUUUGUCGAGCGAGUGUGACUUUAUAAACCGGGAACUUUCUGAAAACACCUCGUCAGCGUCGACGACGGAU